CUCGAUAGGUUGGAUGGUGAUCAAUAUGCGUAUCGGCGGAAGAUAAGCCAUUACUACCCUUUUCACGACGAAGGUGAAUGGGAGUUAGGGAAGUUCUUAGUUGAAAAUCUCACCCAGACUCAAAUCAUCAAAUUUCUGAAGUUGAAAUGGUUUAACAAUCAUGCUAGGCCGUCGUUCACUACGAAGGACCAACUAUUAGGCUGGAUGGACUCACUCCCAUGUUUUACGGAGUGGAAAGUCUCCAAAAUGGAGUUUUCAGGCUACAAGACAGUCCACCCCAUCGAGCUCAUUUGGCGCGAUGCGCUAGAGGUCGUCAAACAACUCUUUAGUGACCCCAUCUUCACAAACCAUAUGACCUAUACUCCGCAUGUCGUCAAUGUUGGAAAUCAGCGUGAAUACGGAGAUUACAUGAGUGCUGAUAUGGCCUGGAGAAUACAGGACCAUCUUCCUGUAGGUGCGACUCAAGUGCCAAUCAUAUUGGGAUCCGAUAAAACUCAUGUAACGCGAAUCACCGGAGGACUUGAAAUGCACCCAGUCUUCCUAACUAUCGGCAACAUCGAUUCAGAGGUUCGCUCCAAAGCAACUUUACGAGCUUGGCGAUGUAUUGCCUAUAUGCCGAUCGCAAAGUUUCGCGUGCACUCAGACUAUCAAAGCAUUCUCCAGGCGCGGCUAUGGCAUAAGUGCAUGGACCUCGUGCUUGCCAACCUCAAGACUGCAGCACUGGACGGGUGUUUCAUGCCUGAUCCCUCCCGAUACAUCCGUUAUGUUUUUACACCACUCAUUGCCGACAUAUCCCGCAAUGUCGACCCUUGGGAUCUUGACAAGUUCCAAAAAGCAGCUAAAGUUGCCAACCUGUCUGGAGUCCAUAUGCCAUUCUGGCGCGAUUGGAUCUACGCAUGUCCGUCCGUCUUCCUCGCUGGUGAAGUUCUACAUACUUGCUUUAAAUUUUUCGCCGAUCAUCCGCUCAAAUGGGUUAAGGAGGCUGUAGGAGCUCAUGAGCUUGAUAACCGUUUUAUUGUUCAGCACAAGCGGGUCGGCACGCGCCACUUUGCGAAAGGUAUCACACAGGUCAAGCAAAUGACGGGCCGUGAGUACAGAGACAUACAACGCACCAUCGUUGCCUCAAUCGCAGGUGCCACUUCACCCCAAUUUGUCCGCGCAAUCCGUGCCAUCGUGGAGUUCAUUUACCUCGCACAGAAUCCGGUCCAUUCACCUGAAACGCUUCAGUCAAUGGAGCAAGCUAUCUCGGACUUCCACUCUUUCAAGGGCGCUAUUAUUGAGGCCGAAGCAAGGAAGGGGAAGAAGGGCGUCAAAGAGGAUUUUUUCAUACCCAAACUCGAACUGCUGCAAAGUUUCAAGGGUACGGUCCAGCGGUUGGGCACUUUGAUGCAGUUCUCGGCCGAUACGACGGAGCGCUUGCUCAUCACCCAUUGUAAGGAUCUUUUCCCACGGACAGCCCGACAAAGCAAAGAUUUCACAGAGCAGUGCGUGCGGAUCCUCAACCGCCAAGAAGCAAUGGAGAUAUUUGACCUGUACGCACUAAUGACUUCUCGUGGGGCGUCAUUGGUCAAUGCCAUGCAUGCUGAAGAGGAUGAGGUUGAGACUACUAACCCCGCACUUUCGUGGGUUUCGCGGGUCCUCCCUGAUGAAGUCAAGUCAGUUCGUGGUCCCCGACCAGUCCGUAACCACUUCUUGAAGGGCAUCCUAUCUGGAGAUGCGCAGACCGCUUUCCAAGUAAAUGUCACACCAGACUACAGAUCGUUAUCACCGGCUGAAAUAUCUACAAAAUACGCACUCCCCGACUUCGAUCGCGCACUCGCCGAUUUCAUUACUCGUUCGUCAAUGUCUGGCGGCGAAAAUACCCGCUGGGACCCCAAAUAUGGGCGCUACCAGGCAUGGAACAAGUUUCGGCUGCAACUUCACUCAGCCUUCCAGCAACGUGUCAUCAUGCCAAGCAGAGUGGUGCAAGCAUAUCCACCAAGCGAUGAUUAUCCCUUGGGAAAUUGUGACACCGUUCUCGUUGACGCUAUGGCCAUUGAUGGCCAAAUAAUCGCUGUCGCACAAGUUCGACUAAUUUUUCAACCGGUGGUUCGACGAGGUUCCAACCUGGAACUGCCAUCGUAUCUGUCCGACCCACUUCUCUACGUUCAAUUUUUCUGCUUCAUUUCCAGUCCUGCUGAUCGUCCCGAACUCGCGAUGUGGACUGUGGAGCGCGUGUACACGCAGGAUCAAAAUGGUAACCGCCAUAGAGAGGGAGCUAUCGUACAAGUGACAGACGUUACGCAUGCAGUUGAACUGAUCCCAGUUUAUGGCGAGACAGUAGCCAAGGAUGUGUCCUCUGCAACUUCCUUGGAAACAUAUGAGCGUUUCUUUCUGAAUAAUUUCGCGGACAAGGAGAGUUAUCAUACGUUC